GUUUAUAUAUGUGAGUUGAGCACAGCCAUCGCUCCAUCAACGGUCUUUCAAAGGUUUUGACGACUUUUGAAACAGUGUUGCUUAUGCGCUUUGCAGCGAACGACCCAGUAUUGGCGACCCAUAAGAUGGUGCCCGAGCCGACGGACCCACGCAUUCCUCAAGCCAAGGCCAAAGAGUGAGUUCAUUCCAUAAGCCACAGCGAAGAGUUCUGGUACUUUGAGUCUACUCUGGAGCUGCUGAGGAGUGCGCGAGCCUUUUGUUUAUUAAACAGGCGAUCCACUGGAUACAUAUGGCCUCAAGCGCUUUGCAAUUAUAUGCAGUGCUAAUUAUUUCACAGCUUCGGUGGCCCUAUGAUUCGCGUCAUCUUCGCGCCCAAGGAGGCAGGUCUGAUCAACGCGGAACACGUCAGCAAGGCUCAGCAAGAAAAGGGGCUCUCGGUACCGCUCAACCUGCUUCGCUCCUCUUCACAGUUCCUCAAGGCGGCAACGAAGCCAGAGUGGGAUGAUUUACGCGACGACGGGCGUACCGUUACGCCCAGGUGCGAUCCCGUGCUCUUCAAGACCUACGUUCACUGGUUGCAUUCCGGUACGAUCCCUCGACCUGAUGACAAUGUGCCCGACUACAAGGACUUCGUGUUCCUCUCCAAGCUUUAUGUUUUGGGCGAGUAUCUAAUGGAUGUGAUAUUCAAAAAUGCGAUAAUUGAAGCCAUUAUUGCCAUUUCCAUUAAAGAGAAAUACUGUCCAAUCGGCGAGGCGGUUAGGAUCAUCUACGAAGGCACUUCAGCAGGCUCACCAGCUCGACGCCUCAUGACGGACUUUUGUGCCAGCAAUGCCAACGAUGAUCCUAGCUGGACGGACGAGUUUCAAAACUGCCCCCAUGAAUUUCUCGUUGAUACCAUGAAGGCAUUGGUCUCAGCUCGUCCGAGGACGUCUGGAGAAUAUCCACUCGAUAUCAAGUACGAGCAUUAUCAAGAACCGUUCCCGACUUUGGCACCCUGAUAGUCUGUUGACGCGAAGACGACAAUACAUGGAUUGCCCAUUAGAUAGGCAACUCGUUUGAUCUGUAGUAGCAUACGGACGGUGGUGAUCAAGAGUAGCAAAGAGUAUUGGUAGGACACCGACGUUGAUCCUGAGAAAAGACGGCUCAAGCCCGACCGUCAUCGCGCUGAUAUCGAAGCUAUGGAACCCGUGUUUGAGUGGAUAAAGACGUCGGAUGUCGGGUCCGGGAAUGUUUUGGCAUUGCGGUAUAUGGCUGCUAGCAUGAUGUAACCUGUUUGAGUGAUCAUCAGCAUUCAACGACAAUGAGAGCAAUGUUCUGAACGGUGGCUGACACAAGAAAUGUGAAUAUUAGCGCACCUGAUCAUGUCUUGAC